GCGAAACUGACAGCACGUUUAUUGCGCACAGUUUAGUAAAAUCGAGAUAAUUUUGUCUGCAAAAUGGACGAUGAGGCAGAAACGUACAAGCUGUGGCGCAUCCGUAAAACCAUAAUGCAAUUGAGUCACGACCGCGGUUAUCUUGUGACCCAGGAUGAGUUGGACCAGACGCUGGAACAGUUUAAGGAAAUGUUUGGAGACAAGCCGAGCGAGAAAAGACCGUCACGUUCCGACUUGAUAGUCCUUGUGGCUCACAAUGAUGACCCUACCGACCAAAUGUUUGUCUUCUUUCCGGAGGAGCCGAAAAUAGGCAUCAAGACAAUUAAAACAUAUUGCACGCGUAUGCAGGAGGAAAACAUUCAUCGAGCGAUCGUUGUGGUUCAAGGAGGAAUGACGCCGUCGGCAAAACAAUCGCUGGUGGACAUGGCGCCCAAAUACAUACUUGAACAGUUUCUGGAGUCUGAACUGCUAAUUAACAUUACAGAGCACGAGCUGGUGCCGGAGCAUGUGGUGAUGACAGCGGAGGAGAAGCAGGAGCUUCUCAGUCGAUACAAGCUAAAAGAGAACAUGUUGAUGCGCAUACAGGCAGGCGAUCCGGUGGCACGUUACUUUGGCCUCAAGCGUGGCCAGGUUGUGAAGAUCAUUCGCUCUUCGGAGACAGCAGGUCGGUACAUAUCGUACCGCCUGGUAUGUUGAGUUUAGAAUUUAAGUGCAUUGUAAGACAUUGAGCCAAGAUCGUUCGAACAUGUAGUAUAUUUUCAUACAUACAUAUACUCAAUAAGUAAUUAUUAACCGAUUUCACAAUAAAUGUUUUUAUUUAGA